CUGGAUCGUCAUCGUGGAGAGCCGGAGAGUAUAGGGACAAACUAUAACGUAGUGGGGCUGCUAUACAGUUGCAGAGGUGAAUUAGCGUAGUCAGGAGGUGAGGAAUGAAACGGGAGUAUUGCGACGACGGGAAUGCUACGAAAGGACAACGGGAAAUCGGUUUCGAUCCUUGACGGUGAGCUCACGGAAAUACCGACACACUCCUAUUCCUACUCCUCGAUACACAAUUGCGACAACGCCGAAAUCGAAACGCAGUGGAUUGAACAGGAAGUCGAAUGGAUAACGUGACGACGGGACAGCCGAGUAUAAGACGCGUAACCGAACCAAAGAUAUAUCACUUGGAAGCUAGCGAUACAAUAUAAGGAAGGUCUCAGGCCUAUCGGGUGUCCUUUCAGCCACAGACAAUGAAUGCAGUAAGUUCGGAGUCGAUUCUAACCGUGACUUUACAGAGGAUUAUUAUUUGCUGAUAUUUAUUAAUUACAGUAUCACUCUAUAAACUAAAAUCUAAAUACAAUCUUUUAAUCACUUAAAAUUCAAGUAAAAUUAAUCGACAAAUGAGAUAAUCGAGCAUAAACGAUACAAAUUAUCGAUGGCAAUUUUUUCUUGCUUUUGCAUAACUUGGUAUUUUUUCAUGAAAUUCACACAUUGUAUAAAUAAGUGAUUAUUCUUAAUAUCAAAUGAAGAUGAUACCAAACGUAAAAUUAUUCGAAACAAUUAAGAAAUAUAAUUGCCUGAAAAUACAAACUAUUAAAAAUAUUUGUACGUGUUCAAUGUACUUUUUCUUGAACUUUCUUAUAAAUUGUACGAGUCUUAUCGAGACUAACGCGGUGAACACAAACAAAGAAGAAGAAAAAGAAGAGGAAGAAACCAAAGAAGAAAAGGACGAAACAAAUAUGCUUGCGAACGAUGGAGCGGUAGGGUGUCGAUACAGUUGCAAAGGUGAAUUAGUUGCUUGGGAGGUUGCACCGCGAGUAACGAUAGAGAAGAGAUAGUGACUGUGUUCAAUACUCUUCGUCCCAUCUCUCUCCUCCCCCCCUCUCUCUCUCUUUUUCUCUCCUUCUUUCUCAGCCGUUCUCUCCCUCUCGCUCCUGCGAGAGCACAUCGGCUAGCUGGGAGGAUUCCGGUGUGUCGGUGACCAUCGGGUGGGAGUGGUGCACCAAUACACCAUCCACCACCUCUCUUCGGAGUCCAGAUCGGGACGCACGGGGAGUGGGAAGGACAGUCAGAAGAGCGCCGGAGGAACCUAGGAGGAAACGUUGGCUAGAGGGAGAGACGUCCUUCGCCGGCCGAAGUAGGAAAAGGAACACAAUGAGCGCCGCGAAGAGAAGGGGAGGGAGGGGGGCAGGAAAGGAGGGAGGAGAAGGGUGAUAGAAGAGAAGGGGGGAGGGCAGGUCGCGUGCCGGCGUGGUGCUACUCCGGAGCUAAAAGAGAGGAGAGCACUUACCUUACCGACGUCUCUCACGGUUAACACGCGCAGGGGAGCUCCUUCGCGCGUAUAUUCCUCCGCGUGCGUUUUCACACACACACAAACACACACACAUACACACACACACAUACACACGCGCGCGCACGAGUGCACACGCAUACACAUACACACACGAUCGGAGCGGUAUACGAUAUACGUACGUACGGCGGCGGUUCCCCUCCCCUGUGUGUGCGGACGUCUCCUCCGGUGUGUAGCUCACCUACCUACCUACCUACCUACCUACUUACUAACCUACCCGCACCGCGGCCUACGGAUUCAGUCUCCCCGCCCAACUCGACGGUACCCACGACGGAACGUGUAGUACCUCCGUGUUCGUGAACGUCCCCGAUUGUGUGUGCGCGCGGAACGUUCGUACGCGGCAUCGCCCGCUUCACACACCGGCACACUCGGCUUACUCACCACCGUACGGACCACUCCGCUCUCGUCGCGUCUCUCACGAAUCUCCUCCAAGAGCGCUCGCGCUGUUCCUCGCCGAUAUUCCGCCUCGUCCGCGCGGCACGGAGUGCGAAAGAAAGAGCGAGAAGGAGAGAAGGGGAGGGGAGGGAGAUAUCACACGCCUCGAGAGAGGACCUGGACAACGGAGCACCAAACGAUCGUCGGACGGUGGUGAGCAACGUGGUUGGCUCCUUCCGUCGCUCCUCCCGCGAGAGAAACCAACAGUCAGGACUCGACUGUCCUGCCGACACGACACACGCGUGUGUUACGAUCUACGCAUUUCGGACUCGUACCCAAGACCGGCGGGCAGUGCGAUCCCACGGGGAUCGGUCAUCCGGAUCAUCGAACGAUCGCCAUCGAAGGAAUCGUUAAUAAGGCCGAUCGUCGCUCUUCGGCAAAACGAACUCUAGUCAGGAAGCGUAAGAAGGGAAAAAAGAAAGAAGAAGAGAACUGUCAUCCGGAGAAAACGAGAGGCCGUCUGUUGCGGUGUGUGGUACACUUGAAAAAGGGACGAGUACCGCGGUAUCGUCGGAGCGGGAACCGAUCGGGACCGUUAUCCGAGCACGUGGUCGCGUGGUGCACCACGAGGUGCAAGAAAUCGAGAAAGGCUUCCGGUGGAUCUUGGGUGUAUUAUCGUUGGGGAACGAUCAUCUGGUUAUAGGUCGACGGAAUGUUCGUGCGGACGUUCCGGUAUCUCGUAUCCACGUCGUAAGGGCCGACACCUCGUCGACCCGUGAAAGGGCCUUCCCCCCGCCCCCCGCGAAAGAGGGAGAGUGAUUACGAGUGUGAGGAUAGUGUGUUGUUGUAAAACAAGUGAUUCCUCUCUGCGUCACCACCGCUCCUUCCCUUCUGUCUUUUCUUUCUUCUUGGUGGUCGUCUGACUUUCUUCUUUCCUUUCUCGCUUCCUUUACCGUUGUACCUUUGUCUCUCUUUCUCUCUAUUCUGUUCGGAUUGCCUCAUGAGCGGAGCUAAGGAAAAGUGUCGCAAAGUCAACGGAAGUGCGGGAACCGCUGUCACCCUCGGCUCCAAGGUCGUGGCAUGACGUAUAAGAUUGCCCCAAGAGGAGAGCAGGAGCAAGGCUGAGUGAUAGAGGCAGUGUGAUGAGCGGAUACCUCGGUAGCAUCACCCUGCCCCCGACGUUGCUGCACGACCCGAAGUAUCCUCCAGCCAUGCGGGAGAAGGAUUCGAGUCCGAGAAAAAUGCCGGGCCACAUAAGCCCGAAGCAAGCCAGCAUUUACCCCCUGAGCGUCCGCGUGCCGGACGUUGAGGAGCUGCCGUAUGAUCUCAGCCACGGUCACGGCCGCGGCCUGUCGAGCCCGACGAAUCAGCAACAGCAACAGCCGCACAUGAGCCCCGCGGCCAGACCGCCCCAGUCGCAUCACCAGGACGAGCUCGACUGCGAGCCGCUCGAUCUCCGCGUCGAUCACAAGAAGGAGCGGCUCAGAGAUGAGAACCAGAACGAGAUCGAGGUGUUGAAUCAAAACAGCCUGGGCGGCAGCCUACCUUACCACACGGUGCUCUUCCCUCAGCAUCACGCGAUGCAUCCGCUGGUUCUAGAAGCGAUGUACAGGUCACAUCAUCACAGCUCGCCGGUGCCUGAUCUGCCAAAGAUCCAAGUCAGAGCGCUUCCCACGAUGGUACCGCUGCCACCUAAUAGAUUCUCCUCGACCUCGUCCACGACGUCCUCUUCGUCCUCGUCGCAGCCGACCGUGAGAGCCGUCAGUCCGGCCGUUGGUCAACAGUCCCAGCAGAAUCAUCCCUCGCAACAACAGCAACAGCAACAGCAGCAGCAGCAGCAGCAGCAACAGCCGCAACAACAGAGCACGAGUUUGCCGCCCUACUCGAUCAGCGUGCAAGCCGGUCUCAAGCCCAAGGACAGAUACUCCUGCAAAUUCUGCGGCAAGGUGUUCCCCAGAUCGGCGAACCUGACGAGACACCUGAGGACGCACACCGGCGAGCAGCCGUACAAGUGCAAAUACUGCGAGAGGAGUUUCAGCAUCUCCAGCAAUCUCCAGCGUCACGUCAGGAACAUCCAUAACAAGGAGAAGCCGUUCAAGUGUCCGCUCUGCGAGAGAUGCUUCGGCCAGCAAACCAAUCUGGAUCGCCAUCUCAAGAAGCACGACGCGGACGGGCCGACGAUACUGGAUGAGGUCAGAUCGAGGUAUCACGGGCAACUUCCGCGGGCCGACGAUUCCUACUUCGAGGAGAUCCGCAGCUUCAUGGGAAAGAUCACCUCGCAACGGCAGAGCAUACCGUACUUCCCCGGUCUGCUGGGUCACGCAACCGACGACUUCCGAAACGACAAGCAGCAACUGCAGUUGGAGGAAAAGCGCGGCGACUCGUCGUACUUCAGCGACCGAGAUAACCUCAGUUCGAGGUCGAGCAGUACGGCCAGUAGGCCGGAGAGCGUCCAGGAGGAACAAAGGGACGCGAACUCGCCGCCACUCUCUCCCGGCAACAACACUUGAGUCCUGGAGCGCGACCAUCAGCAUGGUAAUCUAAUUAAGAAAGGUUUUUCAUCGAUUCGUCGGAGCACGGUGGAAUCCGGGAGCAAGAGAGAAUCUAGUAGCGAACCGGAAUUUACUAAGAGUGAGAAGAACUUGAAAAAAUUAAACUUCUAACAAGAUUCCACAGUGAUGUCCCUACGAAGAACCGUUUUAUUUACGGUGAUCCUAAAUUAAUUCGAAACUACAUCACCCUCUAAAUUGGAAUCACUAAAAUUUUACUGAUUUCAGUGCUACACUUAUAUAAAUACUUAUAAAUUGUAUUUUAUAAAUAUAUAUAUACUCAUAAACAUAUAAUAUAUAUUUAUAAAUAUAACCAUCAGUGAUAUAAGCACUGCCAUACUCACUGACGACCACAGUUAUAAGUACAACGCUAUAAAUCAAUGAAUACAUUGAUUCCGAUUUGGAGAGUAGAUAAUAAGAGAUAAAUCAUUCCUCGUAGAGAAAUUCCUGCAAACCGUAACGUAAAUCGACGGAAUCUUUAGCGAAAAAAGUGAUCUAUAUUCAUAAAGGUAGAGUCUAAAUCGGCAAUAAAUCUCUUGCUCAAGUUGGUGAGCAAUAGUUUUUUAUUCUAGGUUUUUAAUAAUUAUGGACUUUGUAAGAAAUUCGCAGAAGGUUACGAUUCGUUAACACAUAAAUUCAAUCCCGCUAUGAGACGAAAAACUGAAAAUUGAAACGUGGUGCCUUGAAGAAACAUGUGCCUAACUUCUAGGACGUAUCGUCCUUUGAUCCUGAAGAAUACGAUCCAACCGGAUUGAUAGAGCCUUAAUUAUAAAGUUAGAUAAACAAUUAACGUAUAUUAAAUAUCGUACAAUAUUAGAAUCUUAGACUUAAACGCGUGCUUGAGUGAGUCGGAAAGUCAUAGAGAAAUAGACGGAGAGUCGAUCGUAAUCUACAGACCGAUUUGUAAAAAUAGAAACGACGAAGAAAAUAUUUAAUAGACUUUCACUUUGUAAAAAAAAAAGAUAUAAAUAUAUAUCUUACUUUUAACCCGUGAAAAAAAAUUCGUGCCUAAUUUUGUCAAUUGUUAUUACAAUCAUAUUUCCAAUUUUAUCGAAAUGAGCUCUGCGUGUAACGUGAAGUAUAGAAAUCAUUACACUGGUUAAUUUUUUAUAUUUAAUCUUUAUAUUUACAAAAUGAGAUGAAAGUUACUCUUGGUGUAUAUACAAAUUACACUUUUAUAAAUUGAGUUUUUCCAUGAAUUUUUAUUUUACCUCAGAUAUUUAUAUUUGUGCCUUCUCUUCUAUAUUUCUCGCAUACAAGCUCAAUAUUAAUUGUAAGGAGCAUUUUAUUGAUUCUAUUAUUUCCUUAGAUCCAGAACUGCAGAAUUAUCAACAAAAUGUAUAACACAAUUAUUUAGGCUUACCGGCUGUCGCAAUAUUUCCAUUUACUUGCCGAGUAUUGUAAUUUCAACCGUUUCGUCGCCGUAAGUUUGAAUCGCUGUAAUACAAAGUUUUUCAGAUAACACCGGGCAAAAAUACGAAUUACGUCAGUCGGUCAAUAUUAUUCGCAAACGGUAAGAAAAUCCUCUGUAAAAAAAAAAAACCGACAUUGUUCUUAAAUUACGUUAAGCCACGCCGCAAAUUACGACGGCGUAAUGCAUGACUAAUUUGCAAAGAAGAAAGGAUAGCACGGAAAAAAGUGCCGACACUGUAAUUAAGGCCGUUGCAAUCCUUUCGAUCGUCCCUACACUUUUCCACCUUUCACGACGCAUUCCUUUCGUGCGAUGGGUUUAACCAGCGAAGCUAUAGAAGUCCGAUUUCGAGAUUAAUAUAAAGUAUCAUCCGAAGAAAUUGCAUGAAAAAAAAAUGCAGACCAUUUUAAUUGUAAAUUGUGAAUAUACGACUGUUAUCUGAUUUUUCAAACGUCAACGAAUUUAUAUACAAAAUUAGAAUGACAAUAAUCGUCUUAUGCGGUAGUUGUUUUAAUAAUAAUAAUGAUGAUGAUAAUAUAUAAUAAUAAUAUCUUUAUAUAUUAAUUUAAAACUUUAAAUCAAUCACGCAACUACAAAAAGCGUGAAGAAAAGUAAUAUAUUCAUACCGUAGAAUAUUCAAUUUAAUACUCAUUUUUCUCACGCGGCAUCGUCGCUGCAUGUACUUACAAGUAAGUUGUUAAGUUUGCGUAAUCCGAUGAGCAUAGCUUAAAAUCACGGGAGAUCGUCGCGUCGUGUGUCGCAAGAUUCGCGAAUACCGAAUGGAUAUACCGAGAUCGUCUCAAAGGGGGUUUGCGACCCGUGAGAAGGAAGAAGAAAAAAUUAAUGAGAGAAGGAAAAGUUCGGGAGAAUGCGGGACGAUUCGCUUCGGCAGAGAAAAAAAAACCGUCGCUGAUGGGCGACCGUUCGAUUUUACGACCUAGAAAGUGAAUUUCAGCGCUCGGGCAACUCGAGCGCCUUCGAGCGUAAUCCGCGAAUCGCGGAAUCGUCGGGCCCAAUGAUCCGCUGAGGAAGCCGGACAAUAAAAUAGCGUUUAGAAAUCGACCAAUGGGCGGAUCUCCGUGCACCGGAUCGGUCUCGUUGCCGACUGGCAGUGCGUUGGGAAAUUGGAAGAGCUCGGAAAGUUCGUCGCACUUCGCGCAGCACCUUGGAUCAUUAAGUUUUCAAUCCGGGGAAGCCGGUGACGUGUCGCGGAGAUAUGCCGGGAAUUAUCACCACGAAACGAGACGCGAAUCAUUAGAGCAAUAUUUCGCAAUCCUUUUUCAACGUUGAAAUCUCCGAUACACAAACCGCUAAAUGCGAUUUACACUGAUCGAAUAAAAAUAUAGUUAAAGUUUACUUUGAAAAUUAUACAAAGUUCUGCAAAAAAAAUUCUCUGAUUUUGGAAUGAGUAGUUAAGUAUUUUGGAUACUAAAAACGAAUGUGAUUUAUAAUCCAAUUUAUAUAUCAAGUCAAAACAAGAAUAAUAAGUUGUAAAUGUAUUUUUUACAAUAAGUUUUUUGCAUUUUUUAAAUUAAAUUGAUGAUUAAUUUAAUUUAAAAGAUUAUUCUUAGAGCUUUAGUUUGCUAAAUCAUAGUAGCUUAAUUUGUUAAAUUAUAGUAGCUUAAUUUGCUAGUAAUAAAAGUAAAAUACUUUUAUGAUAACUAUCUAAAUAUUGAUAUUAAUAACACAAUGAACAAAGGUUCAAAGUUCAAUGUUUAACACGCUUGAUCUUAAAUUUUACCGACGCUGCCUUCUUUUACCAAAAUAUCGGAGGACGCAAAUAUGCAAAUAUAAUAAAAUUAAAAUAAAAGCAAUAGAAUAAACGAUUCUUCAAAAUAAAGAUUUCUUGGAAUUUGUAAGAGCAGAAGUUAUAAUACAAAAUUUUAUUACAAAAUUUUCGCUCUUUUAUAAACUAUAUAUCUUAUUAUUCUCGAAAUCCUGACGUGAUAAAUUUGGGGAUCAGACUCGUUUUCUAAAAAUCUACGCCCAAUUCUUUUUCAAGGGUAGAAAAAUUUUUUUUAUUGUAGACUUGUUAUCAAAGCUAUAAUUAUGCCUACUUUCUAAUUGAAAUUCCGCGGAACUGUCCGAUAGCAAAACGUCGCUGCUCCGAAGAGGCGGAAGAGAACUGUAAGGUUUUACAGUUCCUCGUCUCUAAAGCCAAUUCGUGCCGGGAGAAGAAAUCGGUACCCGCAGUCAUUAAUAAGUAAUUAUCACGCCGACAGAGAGAAAGAGAGAGACACAAUUAUUAUAGCGACUCGAUCCUGUCCGGAUCUAAAUCGCGAAACUUAACGAACACCACGAUACUUAUACGCGCACGGUUUAAGAGCGUAAUCGGUACACUGGAUCACGCGCGGUCUUUGAAUUACCUAAUCCCGUCGCUCGGGAAUUAAAUAAGAGCGCACAAGUGACAAUUUAUCGAUGUUAAUUUCCGCGCGUUAUCGUUUUCCUUAUUACGUAUUUAAGCGCUUCAGCACUCGAAGAAAUUAACGGGAAAAUAUAAUAUCCGUGUAAUAUCUGAUCUCGCGAAAAUCGCAUUAACGUGGAUUGCUGCCGACACAUCUCGUUAGGUGGCUUUUUUUUUUUUUUAUUCGAUCGGCAAAUGACAGCGGGAUGUAACGAGGCAGGGUUCUGCUCCGCUUGUUUCCGUAAUGUUUCUCUUUUUUUUUUUUUUACGUACCUGACGCAUCGGGAAACGAUAUCCGCCGAUAUGCAGCGUGUUUCGCGGGGCGGUCGGGGCGCAAAAAACUCGCGGCGGCGAACGGGUAUCAUUCCGGCCGGCACUUUUCUGGCGAACGAUGCGAAACCUGCCGAGAGGUUCUCAUCGAACCGCGGAAAUGUCUAGUCGGGUAAAGAAAGGACCCGAUCUGAAAUCGACGUGGCGCGCGGCGCGGCGUAGAAAAGCCGCGUGCUUCCUGCCGGCGAUGAUCGGCAAGAAGAAGAGAGGCGAGUAAACGAGCCGGAGCGCCUGGCAAAUCCCCACCGCGGGCAAUCCCACGCGGACGAUGAUGAUGAUGAUGAUAUAUCCCCUCGUUUCCUGCGGACGGUCGCUGAAGACCGUACCCUGGGUGAAACGAUGCAAUCGUUUUUCCGUUCGUCGUCGAGUCAGGUGCAAAUUUAUAGGCACUUUCUAGCGAGCGCGUUCGCUCGGUGAUACGCAGAUAUAUGAUGCGGAUUCCUCCAGGAGGAUCCUCCGUCGAUCCUCGGGAUCUCACUUUAACCCAGGAUCAAUUCCUAGUAGCAAGAGCGUAACGCGCGUGAGGUCAAAGGCAUAAUGCAGGCGCAAAGGGGGGAAAACUGUGUAUGACUGUCUGUCCGUUUUGCGUAUGCGCAAGAUAGAUUUAUAUGCGAGAGCUUCGCGCUGAGGGCAGAUCUUAAGGACCUCACGUGUCCGCGGUAUCUUUCACGUAGAGAGAAAAUGCGAGAUCUUGUGUGCGUGAAUACACGUUAUGCCCCGUGAAUGUGUCGGGAGUUCACGCGUACGUAUAUUAUCGUAGUGUGCGCGAAGAUUUUCGCAUGGACGAUUGUGGAAGAUUGAACGUGCAAUCUCCGCUAAAUCAUAUUGCUAAAUUAGAAGGCUCGCGGCUCAAGUAGCGGAUGGUUAUAUUCUGUUUUAGAGACGUCAUUGCAUGACGCACCUCCAUUAAAACUGUCUAUUUCUAUUCUAUUAUCUCUGCAAGUUCCUUUUUUCUCUAACUGAAAAAGGCUUGUUUACUUUUUAUAAGUAAUAUUCUGUAUCUUCUUUUCUUCCUUCCUCUCUUAAAUUAAAUCUAAAGUGAAGAAAAAGACAUCUUAAAUAUUCUGCCGAGUUAAAAAUCAGGUCUUACUGUAUAAUCUAAGUCUACAUCUGCGCGAAUACUGGAACUACUAAAUUUAAAUUAUAAUUAACAAUUAAGCGAUGAAGAAGACCGUCAUUUUUUUGGUCGAAAUGAAUCUUGGUACUUAUUAAUAUUUUUGUGUAAAUUUAGACCAUUUUUACUGUGUUUUAAGAUGCUUGUUAGCAUGAAAGUAUUAUUAAAUUGGUUGUCAACUAAUUUGUAAGAUUAUAUACUCAAACUUUACUUUAGAACUAUGUUUCAAAAUCGACAAAUAAUUAUCAUACAAUAUAAACUAGAAAUUAAAAAAAACACCAAAUUUUAUUACAGGUAUCAAAAUCUGUUUGUGUUUUAUAUUUUUAUUGCAAUGAUUAUAUAAAUAACUCAAUUUAUUAAUUUAUGUAUUUUCGUUUUUCUUUUUCUUUUAAAGAUACAUCUUUUUGACAAAAAAGUUACACACACAGGUCCGAAACCUCUGUGUGUAUUAAAUGGAUACUAAAUAUUAAAUACAUAUUUGUAUUAAAAAUUGGUAGUCUCGGUAUUUCUCACUACAUAGUUUUUCUUUACUAAUUUUAUGACAAUUUUUGGUGAGAAUCGUUUAAGUGCCGUUCACAUUUUUUUUUAUAUUUCGAUUAUUAUAGUAAAAUAUAAAAUUGACCAGGAAAUAUUUUGAUUGCUCCGCCGUUAGAAUAAUUCCACGCGACACGCGAUAUCACUAUUAUAUGCGCGCGCUCGGUUUCCUCUACGAGUUCUAUGGCACGCAGUUGAAAAUCCCGACCGGCGGGUCUUAAAAACGGAUUAAUCGCUUCCCGGCUCCUCGGGCGCGAGUUUACUGCGCUUUCUAGAUCGUGCCGACACCAUCGAGGCGGAAAACAAACAGCACGUCAGUUUCGUGACUGAAAGUGUUAUCUCGAACGACUCCGAUUAAUUGCGAGAGACUCGCGUCUACGCGCGUAGCCGCGCGAUGCCAAUAUAAUAUAUCGUUUGUCCGGGUUGUUUCAUCGAUUCGUUCCAAGAAUCAGCCGUCAUUAUAAAGAUAAGAAAGCCACAUGACACGGAAAUCGUCGCAAAUUCCUUAUGAAAAUGUAAUACUGGGCAGUAAUUAAUACUUGUUUCAAGUAUAAAAUUACUGUCAGUACUUUUAAUACUCAAAAUAAAUAAUUAUUGGCCAAUUUAAUACUGUAAUACCAAUAUUGCAUUUUUAUAAGGAAUGUGUGAAUACCGAAUGGUCUUGAUCCCAAAUUUAUAAUCUUACAUAAUUUUAAUCCUUGAAUCAUACAAAAAGGAUCUGUACAAUUUAAAAGCGAUGAUAAAAACGGUUUUUGGCGCCUUCUGUACAUAUAUUCCUCUUUAAUUCUCUUUUUUCAUUACUUUUACAAGUAUAAAAAAUCCUUCGACUCUUAUUACAUAUACUUUAACAUCUCUAGAAAAUAAUUGAAUGAUUACUUGUUACACUGCAAAGAAGUGUUAAUUUGACUAAAUUUGUCAACUUAUUUAAAUUUUUUUUAAAUUCCAGUAUUUAUUCAUUUAACUUAAAUACAUAAAAAAACUUGAGCUUUAAUUUAUAUAUUUAUAUAUUCGACUGAAAUACAUAGAUACUUCAAUUAAAGAAAUUUAAAGAGUUAAAAAAUGUAGUCAAAUUAACAUUUUUUGCAGAAUAUAGAAAAAACCGUAUUUAAACAAUAUAACUACUAAUUAUAAUCUUAAUUUCAUAAUAAAAAAAAAUUUGCAAAACAAAAAAUAUCAAGUCGUGUAUACAGAGUUAACAUAAUUGAUGCACUGAACGUUACUUCUGCAAGAUCAUCGGUGGCUUUCGCUUACCUUUUAUCGCAAUUCAACGGUCGCCGUUGUAAAUCGCUUUAGAUCAACUUAAAGACGUUAUUAUCGCAAACUCCGCCCGAUUACGACUGCAAUCUCGACUCGGCGAACGAGCCGUCGCGUGGGGCACUUCGCUGCGCCGUGAAACGAUUUAAUCGUCGCUUCCGGUACGAUAUUGGGUGCAAAUUUAUUGGCGCUUUCUAAGCGGCGCGGCGUGGAGGUGGCGCGCGUAAAUCCGACCUUGAUUAACCCGAUCGGCGAUUCGUAACGAGGAGAGCUCGGGGACGAUGACGACGUGAGCUACAACGGCGCGGGCGGUGCCGUAGCUCAAGGUGCAUCUCGCGCAUCUGUUGGAUGCGCUCUUUUUUUCUUUUUCCGGGCGCUGCACCCUUCAUUUCGCGUCCGCGCGCGGUCACGGGCGAAAAACGAUCCGCGCUUUCUAUACAACGCGCGGAUGCAAACGCGCGGAAAGAUCCCGGAGUGCGAUAGGACCUACAAUGACUCGUAAACCGCAACAUUUUAAUGGCUCGCUUCCCCGAAGCGAUCCACUUUUGCGCGGCGCGGCGCGGCGGCUCGCCAGGGAGGGAGGAUCUAAUAAAUAUCUACCGCGGAUUAUUAUUCGAAUCGCCGCGCCGGCCGGAUCAAAAUUAUUGCGCUUUCUAAACGAUAAUAUCUGAUACGCAAAGCGGGUGCUUUCGAGACAGAAGCAAUCUUGCGGAUAGAUCCCGUUUCGCUAUAUGGUAUAUAAAGGUCGGAGAACCUGUAUCGUAACGUCAAUAUUGAAUUUUUGGAACCAAAUUUAUCGAAAAUAAAACAUUUUUAAUUCCAAAUUCUGGAGCCCAAAGAAAAGUAUUUUUUUUUUCCACAAGAAAAUAUAUGGAACGCUAUAUGUACGUGAAAAAUUUUAUUAUAGUUCUAUAAACACUUGCUAAUCAAUUUUCUAAGCUAAUUUCUUUUUCGCGUCUGUUUCAACACACAAUUAGAUGUAAUUUAAAUAAAAAAUUCUUCAACAAUCGACAUCUUUUACUUUCCUCUUCUCUCUGUUUAUUCUGUUUCUUUCUAUUUUCUUUUUCUAACAAUGACUAUCUGAAUUUAAUAUUCUCAGUCUAUCUUUUGGUGUAUACUUGCCACGAUUGUGUUUUUUUCUUUUAUUCAUUAACUUAUGCCGAAUAUAUCUUCUCGCAGGUAUUAAAUAUCUUUAAGUUUUCAAAAGGCCAAUAAUAUUGCUUAUGCACAGCUUUCAAUAUUACGCUUUCUCAAGUUUCCAUUCACCUUCGUAUUGUCAUCUUCUCUUUUGCCGAUUCGCCCUCCCGCCGUCGAAUUCCUCAUUUUACUCUUAUUACUGGUGUUUCGUAACGCGGCCUUGCGAACGCCCGGUGACUAAGCUCGUACAAUGCAGAUCUCGGAUGAAGCCCUGGCGCGCGCGCGCGCGCGAGCGCGGGCCCUGUUUCUCUCCUUCACACGCGUACGAUCGCAGCCGAUGGCCUCGGACCUCUCUUGCGUUACACUUUUGCCACGCCCCGAUCGAACGGGUAAGCUCAUCUCGCGAAAGUGAAACGCAAUAAAGGAGCCACGCCGAGCGAGAGUCCGCGCGAAGGCGGAAGAGAGAAAGAAAAGGGGGCUCUCGACGGGUGAGGGAGAGAGAGAGAGAGAGAGAGAGAGAGAGAAACAGGGUGAGAGAGAGGAAGAGAGAAAGAGAGACGUGAGAUCCUAUCGAUCAGAACCUCGAAGCCUGGAAAUCGGUUUUCUCGCAGCAUCCCGCAGUCAUCGACGCGCAAAGAGAUACUCUUGCAAUCUUGAGUAUUCUUUUAAAUUACGCACCUCUGACAAAUACAACGACUUACAAGCGAUAAUAAUUUAACAUAAGUAUAAUAAUUUAGCUAUAAAUCGUGCAUCCUAUACCGCGAGUCACGAUGAAAGAAUUUGUGAUAAGAAAGUGCUGAUGAGGUUUCUUAGGAGUCUUUCAAUGAUCAACCCAUUCGAGAGUUGGUAUAUACUUAACGUUACUUUUUAACCGUGGACGAAAGUUUAUACGUAUUCCGGAUGUGACUAUUAAUUUUAAACACACACACAUCCCGACAUCUCAGAACAAGUCGAUAUUUUACACACGUUGUUUUUCGGUAUCUUCUCUAAGUUUGUUGAUGGGGGCAGGGGUCACGACAUAUCUAAAUUGAUCUAAAUUAACUUUUAUUAGUCUUUUAUAAGUAAUAAAAGUAUUUAAAAAAUAUAAAGCAUUUUCGAUGAUUUUCUUACAUAUACUUUAAUAUCUUAAGAAAAUUUGUAUGGUUGUUCAUUUAACCAAAAUUAUCAGAUAGUUUUGUUUAAAGUGGGACUGUUACUUUUGAUAACUUUGAAUAUAUAAAGCUUGAAAGAAUUCGAAUAUCUUCAAAGUUAACUUCGAACUUUGCAGUUUGAAACUUUAAAGAAUUUAAAGCUUCGAAGCGUUAAACUUCAAAUUUCAAAGUUAACUUCAAAGAUUCGAAACUUAAAAUAUUCGAAGUUGUCAAGCUUUAAAGUUUAAAAUUUACUUCAAAGAUACGAAACUUCGAAAUUCCAAGUUAACUUUGAAGGUUUGAAGCUUCGAACAAUUGAAAUUAUCGUAAGUAACAGCUCCAGUUCAAAGGCAACGCGUAUACGUGAAGAUUGCACGGAAGAUACAAUUCGUACAAUUUUCACAAUUUAAUCGAGGGCUAUCUCGAGCGGUUCUCGAGCUCUCGCAUCUUUUACAUCGUCGUCGCGUCUACUCGACUAAAUUGCGUCAGAUUCCCGCGGUGCGAGACACGCCUCGCACUCCUCUCGAUCUCAUCUCGAGGCUUCUCGUUCCAGUUCGCGUGCGUGAUUUCACCGGUCACUCGCGUCCACUUGCGACAUUCUCGGCCAUCCGAUCUCCGCCGAAUUGCGACAGCCGGCAAGCAGAAAUAAAGGAAAGAGAAGAAAGAAAGAAAAAAAAGGGAAGUGUAUAACACAGAGGGGAAGUGCGCUUAGGUCGCCGUCGGAGAAAACUGUAAAACGUUUGUUCGAGCGUGCUCGAGCUGCGAUGCUCCUCGGCACGCGAGCCUUAUGUUACCUUUCAGUCGCGAAUCAUAAAUUCCGACGACUACAACGUAUAAGUACGUAUCGUAACAACGAACAUUAAUGAUAAGGAUACGUAGCGUGCGUACGGCACUGUGCCUGUGCAAACGUUUUUUUUUUUUCCACGUAAACGCGAGCGAUGUAUACGUACAUCUAGCUGUUAGAAUUCGAGGCUCAAUCUUACAAUUAGUUAGACAAAGCCGUAAGAAUUACGCUGCGAUGAGCAAUGUGCAACGAGCGUUUAACGGAAACCCCGAAAAACCUUUUUGCGCAAGAUUAGAUCUUUUGGACCACGAUCGCGUACCAUUAUUAUCAAUACGCGUACCACAUUGUCACGUUUCCAUUGCGCAAUUUCAUGAAGGAUUUCACUCACGUUCGACACAACGCGUUCAGAUGUUAUCUCAACAGCGAACGGUUUUCGAGAAGUGACGUUCGAAUGCAAGUAUGAGAAAGGCAACUUCGCGAGAAUACGUGGGCCAAAAUCAGUCUAAUCUCGCAGCUGUGCGUACGCCGUCACGACGACGUAACAUCUCACUUUGAUUUAAUUUAAGUCCGGCUUAGAUUUUUAUUUUAGUUACGAUUUAAGUCCGGCCUACAGCCACCCAUGGGCCCCUGAAACUGCGAUCUCGAUUGUCGCUACGUCGAAUUCUAAUGGAACCGUCGAUCCGAUUCGCACGAGUAUUCGUACAUACUAUCAUCCUGUAAUUAUAUAUAGUCAACCGCGCGCGAUAUGCAUUAGGAGAGCUGUAAAGAAUUAUCUCUAAUUUUUAUAUGAGGUAUAUAGACACAAAGUAAAUAUAUAUAUAUACACAUAGAUAUAUAUAUAUGUGAAUAUAUAGAUAAUAUAUACAUAUAUAAAUAUAAAUUGUACCACCACGAUUGUGAUUUGACCGAGGUUACCGUGUUAUACGUACUUUUACUAUUAGCCACGGAAACGGCGCCGUGUGCCGAGAAAGCUAUAAAGCGCUCGUUACCUUUAGAACAAGUAGUAUUUAAGGACACAUAAAUUACACGCAUACACAAGUACACAUACACAAGCCCCCCCAAGUUUUUAAGCUCAGUUCAAUCCUACAGAUUCUUCUUUUAUCUAUAGUCAAAUGUUGAAAAGUAUGGAAAAGGCGCGAAGCGCUUCAACCGGACGAGCGAUCGUAGUAUUGUUUUAUUUUGUCGCAAAGAAGAUAUGUUUUCUUUUUUAAUAAACUGUUUGUAUGUUGCGUGAAAAAUGAACGAUACCUCCACCGAAGUGCAUUUCUGUGGUUUGUUCCUGUGUAGCUAAAAAUUUAUUAUAAAAGUAAAAUAGAAAAUGUUUGUUUCAAAAUUAAAAUUCUUCAAAAUAGCUUUAAUUAUAAAUAUUUUAAUUAUCCUUAUUUUAAUUAAAAUCUUAAGAGCUCAAUGUAGUGUUUUCUUAUGUAUUUUGAGAAAUUACUAUUUAUAUUCAACUAUUAUAAUUAAAAUCUCUAUUGAGAGGCAAAUUAUGUGUGUAAUUCCAGAUCGCACUUGUUUGCUGAUUAAAAUCAUUUUCUGGAAUGAUCCAUUGAAUUGUAAAAAUCCUCUUAUGGUGCGAGGACGUAGUUGGCUCAUUGUACGGGAUGAUCGAGUAAAGAUGACGCCCGUGAACGAUCCUAUAAUUGUUCGUCACUCCUAUUUUCCAUAUGACAUUUAUAGUUACGUAGUCACGCCUUUGUGUGUGCAGCACGAUGAUGACUGUAUAUAUGUCAAUAUGUAAUAUUUGAUGCAAAAAAUAUAUAUAUAAUGAUUCAAUACAUAUAUAAAAAACUUC